UAGAUUUAGAUCUAAAUAGUUAAAGAUGAAGCUAAUCUUGAUGUUCUGGAGAUUUUUAAAAAAUAUAUAUUUAUCUUUCUUCAGUUUUUUGAAAUAUUACUGGUCUCCUCUUGCUAUAGUAUUAUUGACUUGCUUUAGCUUAUUUCAAUAUCUAGAAAAUGGAAAGUUAAACAAUGUUUUAGUUGCGAAGGAUAAAGAAAGAGCUCAGGUUCUUCAAGAAAUUCAUCAUUCGGCUGAUAGAAUACGCCAGGAUAUUUUAUUGAGUGGGUAUGACAGAUCUAAAUCUCUCCUAAAGCUUGAAAGUGCGGGAAUACUAGUGGGUGGAACUAGAAAUAUGAUAGAAAAGAGGGAGGGAGAUGUUUGCCCAGAACAUUACAAAGGAAACCAAGACUGGCCUUUCCAGUUUACAUCCUGGGAAACACAGAUCUGUGACAACAAAUUUAAGAUAGAUGAGCUUGUAACUAUAUAUAUAAACUAUAUUGGACCUAUUAAUACUGGUAAUCUGGUUCAGCAAAUACAUUCUGUAUAUCCAGGAAUUAGGAUUAUUGCAGACUGCUCGAAAGAUGAAACAGUGUAUGGUCUAGAUUGUGUUGAUGAAGAACCAACUAUUGAUACUCUAGCUCAAACUAUUUCAACAAAAUAUUUACUUUACGCUCCGGAUAUAGAACAUUUUAACUCUUGGGCAAACCUUCACAGAUCUAUCCGGGUCCUAUCAGAUUCAGAGCUGGCUGUUUUUGGUGUUGGUGGUUCCAGUCGGAAUAGAACGGGGCAUUGGAGCACGGGUUGUACACAGAUAAAUCUACAAUAUUAUAGAUUACAGAUGUUGGAAGGUUAUGAGGCUGAGUAUGAAGAUUGUAUGGUGUGUGAUUACACUGGAGGACCAGUUCUAAUCAGGGUAGAAGAUAUACUCACCAAUCCUUCAAACGUUCUUGAUCCUGCUGCAUAUCUUCUGGAUUCAGCUCUCAGAAAGCGAGGAAUAUGGUUGGUAUGCCCUGAUAUUCUUUACUUUACAAGACAGGGUAAAAGAGAAUUUGAUGUGAACGGAGAUAAUUUAAGGCUCUUGGCUUCAAAACAUAAUUUUCAGGGUUUGGUGACAAGUAGAUCGUAUAAAUAUGAAACUGAAUAUACAUGUGAAGAGCUGGGACUUUACUGUGAUGCUGAGAGUCAGGCAGCAGAAAUCCUAGUGCCUUGGUGUUGUAUCGAGGCCUUUCGAGGGGUUUUCCAUGCACUUGAGUUUAUAAGGGAUAAAUAUGGAAUAUAUUAUGAGAUAGAAUCUGGGACAUUAUUGGGCGCUGUCAAGCUUGGAAACUUUAUACCUUGGGACAUAGAUUUAGAUAUAGGAUUCCGAACCCAAGAUUUCUCUUUACUCCAACCUGGAGGAAGAGCAGGGAAAUAUCUUCUCAGCCAAGGGUUCAAUCUCAACAGGUAUUCUGAAGAUAAUUAUUCUAAAAAGGGAGCAGGAUUCUUCAAUAUUCAAAACAAAGGUUUGAAUACAGAAAUGCUGGGAGACCAAAACAAUCUCUCUCUGAAUUCUCUACCUCCUGGACUCUCAUCUAUUCCAACUUUAGUUCAGGUUGGUCCUGACCUCUGGGUUCCAACAAUAUCUAAUCCAGGCCUUCAUAUCAGAGGAAGGUACGGGCCCGGGUAUUUGUACCAUGUACAGAGCUGGAGGCAUGCAGGCCUUGAUUCAGCUUUUCAAAGUUAUAGUCCUGUUAACUGGCAACCCUGUUCAGAUUCUUCUAAUCAAGCCUGUCUUAUAAACUAUCCAAUAAUAGGUAAUAUGGAGCUCAGACCGAGCAUGUAUCCGUGAGUUUUGGAUAACAAUACUAUUGUUCCAGAAAUCACUUUGUUCGAUAGAGUUGUAUGCUUCCAAAUCAUCGACAGAGUUCACAGAACAAUCAUGGUUCCAAUAUCACGACAUAUCGACAGAAUAGAGACUUGAAAUCAUUUCUUUUCUCAUUUUUACAACAAUAAUUAUAUACAAACUUUACAUAUUUUAUAUUUAGAUUACAUAGCGGAACAUAUAAUUAUACCUAUGCAUUUCAUAUAAUGUUAACAACCCAUUACCAAAUAUUUACAACCGAUGAAAUAUUUUUUUCAAUAUUUCCCCAUUUAACCAACACCAAGAAUAUUUUAUAAAUUAGUCAAAAGAACAAAAAUGGAGAGGUAUCUGUGUACAGUAACAUUUACACUGCAUAAAUAGAAAAUAGUAAAUAAAUAAAAAAUAAUUUUUUACUAAUACAGAUUAUACAAAUUAGACAGGAUGUGUAACUUGUAAUUUUUAACUUAUCAAUGAGAACCUAGUACUGGUUUAUCUAUAAUAAAUAUUGUAAAGCUGAAACAGUACUGUACAGUUUACAACAUAAAGGUUUAUUGAACAGUGUACAUGCAUUGUGUACAGAUAUGAAUUAAAUUUGUUUUAAAAUGUUUUACAAUUUUACAUUUUUUAUACAAAAGCACAGGAAAGCAUUUAUAAUGAAAUCAUAAAAAAUAAGGAAUACCAAUAGUUGAAAAAAAUAAAUGUUUCUCUUUAUAUAACGAUUAAACUAGUUUCUAUACAGGCAGUCUUGAAAAAAGAAGUUUUGAAUUUGAAGUAAAACAGCAAAUAUUAAAAAGAUCAGCUGUGCUGAACUUUUCCUGAUUUCUUCCAAACAGUACGGUACAACUUUGACCAGUCACUGAAACAAAUAUUUGUAUUUUUCAGAAUAAAAUUGAAAAAGUA